GUACUUACAUGAGUAAAAUCGCUUGCUAACAGUGGUGCGCUGAUGAGGUUCCAGUUAGCAGCGCAAGUAGUCAAAUAGGUAGGUGGUAAUAAGUGUUUGUGAAAAAUUUAAGUAAAUUUCUAAUCCGUUUUAAAAAGUGUGCCGGUACCGGUCAUUACCACAUAGUGAGAGUGUCAAUCAUCAACAAACAUCAUGAAGGAAUACACACAAGUUACAAUGCCAAACUAUUCAUAUAUGUUUAAUUUCGAGUCUGAUUUCAUUCAUCAAAAGAGCCGCACGUGGAUGCAAGACAAUUGGACCUCAGGCUUCUAUUAUGUGGGCGUUUACAUGGUGCUCAUUUUUGGAGGACAAUAUUUCAUGCAGAACCGGCCUAGAUUUGAAUUAAGAGGUCUUUUGAUUAUAUGGAAUACUCUAUUAGCCACAUUUAGUAUAAUGGGUGCCUUUAGAACUUUACCAGAGUUUAUCUACACAUUGACUCAUCACGGUUUGUACCAUUCUGUAUGCAUUCCUUCCUUUAUUGAAAAUGAUAGAGUGUCAGGUUUCUGGACUUUCAUGUUUGUACUUAGUAAACUGCCAGAAUUGGGUGAUACUAUAUUUAUAGUGCUUCGUAAACAGCCCUUGAUCUUCCUUCAUUGGUAUCACCAUAUCACUGUGCUUUUAUACUCUUGGUUCAGUUUCACUGAGUAUACAGCUAGUGCUAGAUGGUUUAUUGUUAUGAAUUAUUGUGUCCAUUCUGUGAUGUACUCCUACUAUGCCUUAAAGGCAAUGAGAUACAACCCACCAAAGCAAAUUGCCAUGCUUAUUACCUCACUCCAGUUACUUCAGAUGUUGAUAGGUUGUGCUGUUAAUUUAUGGGCUAGACAAUUACUCCAACAGCAAGCAGAAUGCCAUAUUACACCAUUUAAUAUCAAAUUGUCAAUUACCAUGUACUUCAGUUAUUUUGUGUUGUUUGGAAGAUUCUUCUAUAAGGCAUACAUGUCAGGAGAGAAGAAAUGGGGCAAAGCUAGGAAUGCUCCAGUUACUGCAGAGUAUCCAUUAUUAAAAUCUAAGUGCCACUUUAAACAAAAAAGCUAAGGAAUCUGGAUUAAACAAGGAAACUAUUAUAUUUUUAUCAUUAUAAGAGACAAACAGUUUUUAAUACAAUAAAAAGAGUUGCAAGUAAUGCUAAGAUACUGGAUAUUAAGCAAAUUACUCAUUUUUGGUUAAUAGAUAUGAAUGUUUUGGUUCAUUACUUUUAUUAUAGCAUAUUAAUAAACAGAAAUAACAUAUUAUGAUACAUAUGGAAUAUUUUGAUAUUGGAUAUAUAAAAAAUACGAAAUAUAAACAUUGAUAAGCAAUAUAGGUUUAUCACUUUUCUAACUCACCAUAGUUACAAUAUCGGGAACUUACAUUGUUAUUUACAUAUAAGUAGCUACUAAUUUUUUUGAAAAUAAAUAUUUUAUUCGCUAUCUUAUCAUAUUUUUAAAACAUUCAUGGUUAAUUUAAACCAUAAAAUUACUCUAAGUCACAACUAUUUGUAUAUAGCAGAAAAAACUUAAACUGUUUUGUGAUAAAAAAAAAUGGUCUUCAGAUAGGAAUGUAUGAAGUAAAUAAAAGAUCCUAGUCAUUAGGUUAAAUGCUGUUUAUUUUAAUAUUUAUUUUUCAAAUUUGUUGCAUGUCUUUGAAAAAAUUAUACAAGAAAUGUAUGGGCUUAGGAAUUUUGGAACUAUUGUAUAUGGAUUCUAUGUUUUGUUCUAAUAAGCCAUGCAGGUUAUAGAAGUACAACAAGUAGCACAUUGCUGUACAUUAUUGGCUAUUAUUUUAAUUUUUUGAUUGUAAUAGUUGCUCUUUUUUCUGUUAUUUAUAAAAUGUUAAAGUUAAUAGUACUCGAACAUUGAAUCAGAAUAACAUCAGAAUUAUUUUAAAAAUUUCUAUAUUUGUUUACAUUGCUUGCAUUGCUUAUUGAAACAUAGUCUAUAAUCUUAGUAAUACAUGGUUAUCUUCUGAUUAUAAGAAUAGUAUUUAAUAAUUAUUUCUUUGGUACUUUUUUUUUCGUUGGAUAUGUUUAGACAGUUUAGGGGAAACUGGUUCAAAAUUACAUAUCUUCAACAAAACUUUCCAGAAUAUUUAUCUAUAACCAUUCAUUUAAAGUCAAAUGAAUUCAUUCCACUUGCCAGGUAUCAUCAUCAUCAUUGGCUCCACAAUCCAUGCUGUGUCUUGACCUGCUUAAGGAUAAGUCUCUAUUCUCUCCUAUUCUUCACCUCGGUUUUCCAGUUUCGUAAGUAAUCCCAACCUUCUCAAGUCUUCCUCCACCUAAUCUUUAAAUCAUGCUUUGGGUCUGCCUCUCCUUCUCACUCCAUCUACUCUUUGGUUAUAAAUAUGUUUUGGCGGCUCCAUCAUUCAUUCUCUCUAUGUGACCUAACCACCGCAGCCGGUUUAUUUUGAUGGUCCUAAUAAUAUCAGGUUUGUUAUACAGGCGGUAAAGUUCGAAAUUAUAGCGUCUACGUCAUAAUCGGCCCUCCUGUACUCCUCCACAGAUAUGCCGGAGGAUUUUACAUUCAAAACAUCUUAAACAUUGUUCAUCGCUCUUUGUCAUUGUCCAUGUUUCCGACGCGUAGGUGAGGAUGGGCUUGAUAAGAGUUCUGUAUAUCACUAGUUUCGUUCUUUUUGUAACUAGGGUUGUUGUUAAUUUUUUUUUUAAUCCAUAAUAGGCUCUAUUUGCCAGAUGUAUUCGUCUGUUAAUUUCUGCACUUACAACAUAAUUUUGAUUAACUUGUAAGCCUAGGUAUAUAAACUCUCUUAAUCCUUUGAAAGUAUAUGUUCUGAUUGUUAGAUCUUCGGGUUGUGCUGCUUGUAUAUAAUUUGAUACUUCCAUAUAUUUAGUCUUACUAGUGUUACAAUUUUAAGCUCUAGUCCUAUUCUUUUUGUUGCUGCUUCAAGUGCCUUGAAUGAUUCGACCACGUCCGCCUUUCUUCUUGCAAUAAUUUCGAUGUCAUCGGCGUACGCUUGUAAUUGUAUGCUGCGAUUAAUAAUAGUUCCUCUGGUUGUUAUUCCAGAUUCUCUUAUAGCUUUUUCUAGUGCAAUAUUGAAGAGAAGGCAUGAUAGGCUGUGUUCUAUCUGAGACUGGAACGUUCUCGAAACUCCGUUCUGCACUUUAACUUUACACUCUUGACAGGGUCGCUUUCACCAAUUUUAUUAUGUGUACUAAUAUGCUGAAUUCUAUCAUCGCCUUGUACAGUGCGUUUCUUUCAACACUAUCAUAGGCACAUCUAAAAUCAACAAACAGGUGAUGAGUGACAAUGCCAUACUCAUAUGUUUUUUCCAGAGCUUGCCUUAGAAGGAAUAUUUGAUCGGUCAUUGAUCUUUCUUUACGAAAUCCACAUUGUAAAGAAUAUAUGCCAAUAUUUUGUAUGUUACGUUUAGGAGGGUUAUUCCUCUGUAGUUGUCACAUAUUGUUUGAUCACAUUUCUUGUGGAUAGGUACAAUUAUACCUACACUCCAGUCUUCUGGCAACUUUAUUUACUUAUAGAUCAGUUCUACUAGUCUACAUAUACAGUAUGUCAGGUUUUUUGCCAUGCUUUAAAAGUGUUGAAGGAAUGCCAACUGCCCUAGGAGCUUUGUUUUCUUUCAAUUUCUGUAUAGCUUGGAUGACUUUUGCCUCUGUUGGGCUGUUAUCUUUCUCUCAUUCAUCGUCGAUGUCCUCGAGUUGCCAGGUAUAGAUUCUCAAAUAGGAAAAUAAUUUAUAUUAUACAUGACUAAAGAAUUUAUAUUAUAUUGCUCGAAUAACCCCUAAAUAAAGUUGAAAUCUAAAAGGCUGAAAUAUAAAAUAGUUCCAAUUUCUAAGUGUUAAAUAAUUUUUAAUUUUUUGUUGUUUUUGUGAAAAACAGUGUUUUUUGCAAUGUCAGAUACAUAUAUACAUACAAAAGCUUUUACAAAAAUAAUAAGUACAUUGUUCUUGGUAAUUGUAAGUAUCACAUAAACCUUGUUAAAGUUGUUUUAGAAUUUUAGAAAAGAAAUUAGCUGUGUGAUAUUUACAAGUUUCUUUACACAUUAGAAGAAUUCAUUACUAAAAAUUUAAAAGACCUAUUUGAUUACUUCGAAUUAACUACAAAAGGCUUUGCACCUUUAUUUUAUUUCAUCAAUUCAAUAUCAAAGCUGUAUAAAUUUAUUAAAUAAAUUACACAUGAUUGUACCGAUGUUAGAAAUGUGUAAUUUUUGAUAUUAACUUGAUGAAAGUUGUACUGUACUGUUACAGUUAGCCUUCGAUUUAUACUUCUAUCAUUUAAUAUUUAUUUUUGUAGUUUUAGCAUAGUGGGUACUUAUUUAUUAUAGAUUUACAGUAAAUUAAGUGAUACAUGUUGCUUAAAAUUGUUUUCCAAGAAAUGCAACCAGUCUCGUUGCUUAAGCGGUUGUGAAUAGUACCUAAUAAAUUGUUGUUUAUUUUU